AUGGACUCCGUUUCGACCAAAUCGUUCCAUUUUAUCACCAUAUUCGUGAUUGUCGUCUUUUUGCUGUGGUUCUCUCAAUCCACUGAGUACGAGGACGAGGUGAAACAAGCAGCAGGAAACUUCCAGCUGAUCCUUUUCUUAUUGCCCUUUCUAUUGAUGCUGAUCUUCGCGGUUGUAUAUUCUACCCGCGGGAGGUUCCACUUUCCUUUCUUGCGCCCGGAGUACGAGAUGAUUCAGCAAGCCGGCGGAGUGCCUUGGCGUGCUGUCAUGUUUUUGGUGCUGAUUCUGGUGUUGCUUUCUUACCAAUCAUCGUUUCGUGCCAAGUGGUUUGGACCUCUUUCGAGGUCAUGA